UCGACCGAGAACCCCAUUCCCCCAGACUUUCCUUCUUUACUAUAAAUCACCUCCAGACCCUUCUCUCCUCACCUCACCUCACCUAACUCCCUCAAACCUCAUCCCACCAAACCAAACAACCUCCUCCAAUUGCCAAUUGCCAUCGCCAAUUGACCACCGGCACUAUCAGCAUCAGCAUCAGCAUCAUGUCCCCACCAACCCUGACCUCACCAACCCCAACCCUGACCCUGACCCCGGAACCGCUCACCCCGUCCGCCUUCCACCCCUACGGCACAGCCAUCACCUCACCACUGCCCCGCACCGUGGCCACCCCACCACCAGCCUCCGCCCUGACCGCGCUGCACCCGACCCCCGUGCUCGCCAACCAAAACACCGCCCUGAAGUACAGUCCCAUCUCCCCACUGGACGACCACUACGGCAGCAACUGCCCCAGCGGCCGCGCCUCGUCCGCACGCAUGACCAUGUUCUCCUGCUUCCCGCGCACCCUGCGCCCGCGCCCCUCGACCGGGGCCGGGACAUCCGCCGUCUUCGACAUCCGCAUCCUCGAACGCCACCCCUACACCACCCAGACCUUCUCCCCGCUCGACCUCUCCAGCCAGCCGGCCACCGGGCCCGGCCCGGCCCAGACCCCCGAGCCGGAGCCCUACUAUCUGGUCGUCGUGGCGCCCUCGCUCAAGGGCUCGACCGCCCAGGCCACCACCAGCUCCGGGGAGGUGGUGACCGUCGCCGACCCGCCGGAUCUGAGCCGCGUCAAGGCGUUCGCCGCGCGCGGCGGGCAGGCGGUCACCUACGGCGCGGGCACGUGGCAUGCGCCCAUGGCGGUGGUCGGGAACCGGCGCGUGGACUUCUUGGUCGUGCAGUUUAUGAAUGGCGUGGCGGAGGAGGAUGUGCAGGAGGUGGUGUUUGGGGAGGGGGUCGUGGUUGAGGUGGAGUCGGGACUGGGCGUGAAGGCUAGGCUUUGAGGGGUGGGAGUGCUGGUUUACGGCGGUGGGACUGAAGGUUUGGGGGUGAUUGGGACGUGGGGUAUAUUGUAUAUUGGAGGGGGAAAAGUAGUGUACAUAGAUUAUGUGGUAGAUAUCGAGAUGGGGUGG